CAGCAUGCUCAAAACAAAACGCAGUUGCUGAUUUUCGGUUGAAAUUUAUUAAUGGCUUUAUCAAUAAAUUCCCUACCGGUUGAGAUUUUGGAGAACAUUUUCACUCACCUUCCUUUCAAGGACGUCCGUCACUUUGGCCAAGUUUGCCAUAUUUGGAACGAUGUUCUGCGCGGUUCUCAAUUUCAACGGCGAAUCCGAGUAAAGUUGCAGAAUGACUUCCGUCAGGAUAUUUCACCGGCCAGCAUGAAGUUCUUGACUACAUGUAAAAAUCUUUCAAUAGUUCAACAGUAUGAUAAUUCGAGCAAUUACGAUGCAGAAGUUGAAGGUGAGAGUGAGACAGACUCACAACGACUACAGGAUGCUGCCAAGGCAGAACAGAAUAUUGCAUUUAUCUUGUUCGGAACGACCGAGUUGGACAGUUUACAACUUUUCAGUAAAUAUAAGAGCGUGAAGAAUAUUAUUCAGGAUAGACUGUUUGAAUUGUCGCAUUUGAAAGAGUUGAAAUUUUCGUUUUUUUAUGACGGAAAUACGUGCCAGCCAGGUGAGAAAGUUUGGCACUUGAAGAGUGAUAGUUUGGAGACUUUCAAAAUAGGACUACCGUACUCGGUUGGGCCAUUACAUCUGGAAACUCCACAUCUGAAGGAAUUGCAUCUAACAGUAAGUUGUGAUGUUCUUAUGAAUCCCGUAGAGCAGUACAGCAACCAGUUGACGGUAUUGAAAAUAAAUCUUUUUGAUAUUGAGACACUCGAUAAAAUCAUGACGUGUAGUUUCCCUUGUUUGGAAAAUCUGGAACUAGCAAUGUAUGAUGACAAGGAAAUACAAAGUAGUUAUGCUCAAACAGCGGAUCGAGCGAUAGAUGAUGAACGAUCUCGACAAUUCACGCAACAUAUGCCACUGCUCAAAGUGUUUGCAGUGCAUAGUAAUGUAGCGUUUUAUAAAAUCUUUCCCACCUGGUGUUCACUUAGGACAAGCUUGCAGGAGUUGGAGUUGUACAAUCUGGAAAUUGACGCCAAUGUUCUCAUUAACGUUCUGUUAGUUCAACCGUUGAAGAGCCUUAUACUCCAGCAAUGUGAACUCAUAAAUGACCUACCCGGUUUGCACAUACGUAUGGUUGGAUUGGAACGGUUAAAACUGAUAAGCGUUGUGAACAAUGUUCUGCUGGAGCACAAUUUUUGCGGAUUGAGGUAUUUGGAGCUGGCACAUUCUUUCAAAUAUGGAAACGAUUUGCUUCAGAAAGUUUUCUAUAACUUCACAUCAGUGGAGCAUGCGAAGAUACAUUUUAGAACAACGCUUGACGGAGAUGCCUUCCAAAAACUACAUCAAAUGAAAAGUCUCAAGUCUCUGGAAAUGCGAGCCACUGAAGUCACUGAUGAACAUUGGAACCAUUGCCAACAGCUGCCAAGCGUCGAACAGUUUACGAUAACCAAUUGCUUCAUGUUGAAGUUUUCAAUGUUUGCUUCAUUGGGAAGAGUCUUUCCGUCUGUAAAACGGUUGUAUGUGGAUCGUUGUCACAUUAUUGACGAUACCAGUGGUGCCGAUGCUGCCAUCGAUGGAGGUUGCGAGCGUAAGCUGCGAAAAAUGUUUCCAAACUGUAUUGUGUCGUGGCAUGAUUCUGUACAGUUAACACCGAUGUCUUUGAAACAGUUGCUGAUGUGACGACCAGCUAACCAUCAUACAGGUUUAUAAAAUACGCUUACAAAAAUGAUCAUGUUGUAUAGGGAGUGUUCUCAGGAAAGUUC